GAGGUGCUGCAUUUGAGAGCCGCCGCCGCUGGGCUGGCGCUGGCGUCCCUGAGCUCCGAGCGGAGGAUAAUUCCGGGUUUUUUAGUCUUUCACUUCGAGAAGAGAGUUUCUGUUCAUCCCUACACAUUUCCCUGCAUGGAACACGGUCCAGCUCUAAACAUGAGCAGUUUGAGUGAGUGUAAGGAGCCAUUCGACAGAAUCUGCUCUGAACCCGUGGAGGACACAGACACCACCAGCUUUGUGGCCGAAUUUUCUUUGGAGGCCAAUUAUCCAGUGCAAGUGACAGAUCCUCAUGCAGAUGCUGUGACACUCCACCUGAGCUCCAUGCCCUCCAGAUACCUGAGCCCCUCCUCAGACAGAAUCAGACAGCCAGUUGAAGAUGUGGAAGAAUGCACCUGCCCAACAUCUACUUCACCAGACUACCCGAAAGAACUGCAGUUGCUGAACAGCCCCUGUGAAAAGUGCUGCUGUCCAGCGCCUCCUCCGAAGAUCAGCGACCUCAUGAACGACAAAGACCUGCUGGACUUACUGCGGCUCAAACUGGAUCCAAACCACUGCACCAUCAAAAACUGGAAGAACUUUGCGAGCCGCUGGGGGAUGAGCUAUGAUGAACUGACCCUGCUGGAGCAUCGAACCCAGGGCUCCUUAUCCCACAGUCCCACCCAGGAGUUCUUGCUGCGCUACAAUCAGAAGACGGUCACUGAGCUCACUGAACUUUGCCGCAUCUAUCAGCGCAUUGAUGUGCUGCGACUGCUGCAGAGCUGGAUAGAGAAGGACUGGCCGUCACGCUGGCAACAGACUCAUUAGCCAGUAUGACUGUCUAUUUAAACUUUCUCUCUUUUUCUGUCAGGGUGGUUUAGGGUUUCUUCUUCCUAAGUUUGGAUACAUGCUACCACAUUAAUAGUAAUUUUGGUAAAUAGUCUUGUGAAAAAGGUAAAUGAUAAACUGGAAACUCACACAGCACAGACCUUGCACUGAAUGCUGUUUUGUCUUUUACCUUUCUCUUGCUGUCGCUGGCUGUAGUUAAAACAAAGUAAAGUCACAUUCCUGACCAGUUCACACAGCCAUUGAUACAAUUCUCAGUUGGGAAUUCACAAUUUUUUGAGGUGCUUGGUUGACUUGACUAGGGCUGGCCCUAAUAUCAAUUUCUGGGCUCCGAAUAUUCGGCCCCGAUUAAUGACGGAUAUCCAGAUAUUUGGAUUGGUUCAUAAUGUCUGACGGGUGGGGGUGGUGGGGGGGUUGGAAUCUGAAUAUUCGGAUCUCAAAAUUCACCUAAAAAAAAGUAAAUAUUUGGAUACUACCGGAACGACCAAAUAUUCGGAUAUUCGGGUCCAGCCCUAGACCUGAUAGCACCACAGAUAUUAGUUAGCUUAGUGCGUGUUUCAGCAGCUACACUGAAUAAAAAUAAAAACGUAGCAUGCAAAUGAUAUUCUUUUCUGAUUCAGAGAAAAAGUUCACAUCUCAUUCCCGUGGUUCUGAUUAGAAAAGAGUUACAUUUAGCCAACCUUUUUGAGCUGUUCAACUGGUGACAAACUGUCAACCACUGAGUUACUCCAGGUGAUCAGAUAGUGUGACCAGUACAGACUCUCCUUUUACCGCUGACUUUAAAACCCCUGCACAGAAUGCAGCUUUAUUCAGUGUUCAGGUGGCGAGAGAAAGACGGGAACGGGCUGUUGGCUGCUGUAGACUAAUGGUCACACAACUCCACUAUUUUCAUCUAAGAAAUGGUUUCAGACAGCUCUGGAUGGAUGUGUCUGACAAUCCUGUCCUCCAAAAUGACUAACAACUCCACCAGGCCCUUCAGGAAGACUGGGACAGCAUUUCACAAACAGCAUCAACAGCCUCAUUAACUCUGUGCAACAGAUGUGUGGCUCAUUACUGAUUGUGACUUCUGGUCUGAGGUAUCUCAUCCGUCUGAUGUCAUUUCCUAUGUGGGGCACACUGGGUUGUUUCUAACGCCCAUCCUGUUGAAGCAAUGUCAUGUGUUGAAAGAACAAGUAAUUAUUCUCUUGUGGUAAAAAGAAAGAACAGAAUUUAAUCAAAUAUUACAUGCUGUAUUUAUAUUUAUAGCUGAAGUAGUAGUUUCUAUGGGGGGGAUGAAUAUACAUUUUUUUCCUCAUAUAUUAUUUUUGUUUUUCUUUGCUUUCUUGACAAUUACUAAACCAGCUGAUUUUCACUCUGUUGGUCUAGACUCAGAUUAAUCAACGUGGGUUAAAACGUGUUUUUUUUAUUUCACCCAAAUGUCUAACACUGAAUGAUACAAAAUAUAUUGAUAGUGUGAUUAAAAAUAAUUAGUUUGGUCUCUGUGAAAAGUGUGUAACGGUGUAACUGACCAAAUGUGUUCUGGAUGAAGAAAUGUUGCUUUCUGUUAAGGUAUAAUAUUGUUGUGAACACAUCAUUAAAAACACAGACAGAAACACA